CUAACUACGUUCCCUUUGUCCCGCUCUUCUCUCUCUGUCUGGCAUUCAUCUUCUCUCUCUCCCUCUGCGGAUUAGGGUUCUCUGGUUCCUUCUGCGAUUCUUCCUAACCCCCCUUUCUGCAUGCUAGAUCAAGAUUCCCCCCGCUAUGUUUGAGAUGGAUUGUUGUACCUAGAGCAACUUGAAUACGUUGGUUGUGAACAUGGUUAUUAUUCUUCAUGACUGCUGUUUCAAAUGUUGUUGCUCUAGCAUAUCCUACAGAAGUUAGUGCUUAAUUUGAGUUCUAUGGAAAUCUUCCAGUCUGGUUUGCUCUGUAUAUGUUCUCCUUAGAAGUGGGAGGAAAGCUAAUAACGAUAAGUGGUCCUUAGUAUCCAUGCUGGCAGAGAGUAUGCGUGGAAUCUGUGCAUCGAGUAAUGCCCCUGACGAGAUUUUCUGCCGAUGCAUUCGGUGUGGUGACAAUUUGUUUAGUGGCCCUAUUGGUUCUUCUCGGUUUAUUGUGCAUCAUUUACUCUUGCUACUUCCGAUCUCGCAUUCAUAGUGAAGGUUGCAUUCAACUCAGUUACUUCAGUGGUCCUUGGAUAAUUCGAAUUACAUUCAUCUUGUUUGUGAUCUGGUGGGGUCUUGGUGAAAUUAGUCGGCUAAGUUUCUUGCGAGAGGAGGGACGAUUGUUGCACGACUUGAAAUGGCAGGAAACUGUCUGCAAAUGUUACAUUAUUUCGAACCUUGGGUUCGCAGAACCUUGCAUAUUCCUCACUCUCUUGUUUUUGCUUCGAGGGCCCCUUCAGAAUAUGGAGUCGGGAAUUCUCAGCCGCAAAUGGAACAGGAAAACAGCUGGGUAUAUUUUUCUCUACUGCUUCCCUGUGUUUGUUCUUCAGAUAGUUGUUAUACUUAUUGGACCCCGGCUAAACAACAAUAGCAAAUACGGUCAAAAACUGCCGAAAUAUUUUACUAGUGCAGCCACCAUUGUUACUUCAUCUAGUUCGAAAGGUGCUCGGGACAUUGCUCUCUGUACUUACCCUUUACUGAGUACUAUCCUCCUUGGCUCUUUUGCCACCAUCCUAACCACCUACUUGUUUUGGCUUGGGAGACAGAUUUUGAAAUUGGUCAUCAAUAGGAACUUGCAGAGGAGAGUUUACACAUUGAUAUUCUCAGUUUCAGGAUUCCUCCCAUUAAGGGUUAUAUUACUUGGUUUUUCUGUUUUUCGGAAACCAGAGCGGUUUUUAUUCGAAGCUCUCAUUUUCUCAGCCUUUCUUGUACUUUUAUGUUGUGCUGGGCUGUGUAUAUGCGUGCUUGUGUACCUUCCAGCGGCGGAUUCUUUGGCCUUGGGCAACUUACAGGAUUUGGAGGCGAGGAGAAGGUUGAGCGAUGAUCACAAUGAUGGUAUCUCUCUCAUUUCAAACCAGCUCCAUCUGGAUGAUAGGGAGGCUAACCAGCCCCAACUUGAUGAUACUUCCUCCCAAAUGAGCCCACCCAGAAACUCCGAUGCCUCCUCGACCAAGCGGGGGUCCAUCUCUUUUAGAACAUUUCAAAAGGAUGGAUCUUCUGCUGGUAUGGGGUCGGCAACUUUUGUGGAGCUUAGCCUUUUCUCUCCCAGCCGAGAGGCAUCCCCGUUAGGAUCACCUCCGCUGCUCGGUUGGCCCAUGCGCUCUGCCUGAGAAAACACCUUAUGGCUGCGCUUGUGGCAGAGUAGCUAUUUAUGGUGGUGGUUGGAAAGCUUGUGAUGAGAAACCGAGUAUUUGUCAAUUUUGCAAUGAAGGAAAACAAAAAAAAUGAUUGUAUAAAGAAACCAAAGGGUUUAGCUUCUUCAAUAAGGAUUUUUUUUUUUUUUUUUUCCUGUGAAAUUUUAGAUAUGGAUGAAUUCGCUUUGUGGAGAUC